UAUUAAUAAGUGCGAUGUUAAAUGUAGCCAAAGUGAGGUGAUAAAAAGACUCGAUUUUCAUUUUAUUAAUUCAAAUCAAUCCGAAUAUGAAAGAAACCAAGCUUAGUUUCACCAUAGGCCCCAGUAGGGAGCUCGAUUUAGUGCAAUAAUGGCUAAAGUUUUUGACAUCUUGGGAUGUGAGUCCGUCACUAACCUAGCUUGCAAACACACAAACAAAUCAAAAUUCUAAAAGGUAAAUGACAUAUUUCCAACACAUUUGUUACGUAUUAAAAUGUCUGAUAAAGAAAUCCAAGCUCACGAUUUAACUUUACGUAAAGAGUUCUCGCAAGCUGUUCAAUUGUACGAUUUAAUUUUGGGUCCCAACUCAAACAACUUCAAAACCUCCAAAGAGAGAGUCAUAGCCUGUUUAAUGGGUCGAGCUGAAUGCUGCCAGGAAUUAAAUAGACAUGAAACAGUAAUACUAGAUUGCAGACGUGUUUUAAAACUAUUAUCCGACAGUGAAGUCAACACUUUAGGUACAAGAGUCCGUAGAAGACUUGUGCACUCUUUGUACAAACUCAAAAGAUACUCCGAAGCCGACUCGGCAUGCAGGGAAUGGCAGACUCUCAUGCCCAACAAUAGCGAAGCCUUCAAACUUCUGGAUCGAUACCGUACUGUAAUCCAAAUGGCCAAUGGGCAACGUGCAAAUCAACGUAUAUCCCAACAACGUUUAGACGAAGAAAUGAUGAACAUUGAUGAAAAACUAGAACUUUUAUCCAAUUCCAAUAGGACUAGGAAAAGCAAUAAAAAGACUUCAGAAUCAUCACAUGGGGUUUCGAAGAAACUUGAUUUUGGAAAUAAUACUCAAUUAAAUAGUUUUCAAAAACAAAUAGACCACAUCGGUAAUUUGACUUUGAAUGAGGUGGGGGAUAAAGAAGAGAUGUCGGAGAUUGUUUGUACAUAUUGCAGUUUGAGCUUUGCUGAUCGGGCUGAGUUGAGGACUCAUUGCCAGUCCGAAGCACAUCAAACUGUUAUUAUGUCUGAUGAAGGUCGAGAUUGGAAAUGGAGACCUCCACCAAGAGGUUUCACAGUAGAUUCUUACACCCUUUGCGAGAGUCAUAGUUUGGGAGGACCUUGUCGAUAUGGUGCUCAGUGUGUGGAGGCCCAUGGGGCUGAAGAAUUGUCCGAGUGGAGAGAACGUUUCGAAUAUAGACGAAUGAAAUUGCAAAGGGCUAGUGAAAAGGAAUUAUAUGGGAAGAGUUAUACAGAGCAACUUUUGGAGAAAUGGAUCCAAGCCCCGAGUCCCGAAAAAAUCAUGAAAGAAAGACUAGACGGUAUUGAAGAAACCUGUUCUUCAGACUUAGUAACUACGGUUUCAUCCAAAGUUAGCAAACGCGACUGGACGUUCGUUCUAAAAACAAAAUUACUUUUACGAGCCGUUGCACUUUUGCAAGACGCCCACCGAAACCAUUUUACACUUAAACAAGUGUUCCCGGGCGAACCAAAACCUAACAAAAAAGGCCAACAUGGUCAUAAGAUAGUCGAAGCCACUUUAACAUCUGACCAGGAAUGGUGUGUUACAAAUUUAGAUUCCAAAUAUACUGAUCCUGUAACAGAUCAGUCGCCUACUUUAGAACACCGGGUUAAAGUAGUGUUUUCUACAGACAUUUAUGGUACUUUUAGGCAAAGUGUUGUGUUUGAUUUUGGUACCGAACCGGUUUUGGUGAAGCAUUUGUGCGUGGAUGUGGUCCCGGUAACAGAUGCUGAUAAAAUUAAGGAGAUUAAAAAAGAGAUUAUUUUAUCCACGGAGGCGCGUUGGGAUUCCGAAAACGCUGAAAUAGUUCCCUUUACAUCAACUUUAAUACCUAUAGUUAGUUCUAUUGAUAACGAGCGCGAUCGCGAUUUAUUUAACACAUAUCCUUGUCCAAGAUCAAAUACGUUCACUUUAACCCAGUGCACGGUUAUGGAAAAACGUUUGACUAGAAAUAAUUAUAGAUCUCGUAUGCAUGAGUUGCUGUAUGUGGAAGAAAUGGCUAGAUAUGAACAAGUUGCUAGGUAUAAUUUGACCACAAAACUUAGGAUCACGUCUAGUUAUUUGUUGGCACCAAGUGGGAUGGCUACAAGUACUGCCAAAUAUUCGGUUAGCGGUGAAUUGUUUGCACUGAUGACUUUGGGUAAAGACGUGUCGGAGGAUACAUCAGCCGGUAGGCUGAUUUUGAAUAAUUGCACGUCAGUGUUUUUGACUUCUGAGCAAUCCAAAACGCAAUUGGACGCUAAUGGUAAACGCAAAGUUUAUGAGGCUUUGAUUGAAGACAAAGGCAAAAACAUGGUUUAUAUGAGGUUAUCAGCAACUACUGUACAAGAACUAAAUAUCAAAGCUGAUACAGACUUUAUUGCUGAAGUGCAGUUCCAACUAAACCGCUUGACAUAUUGUGAAUGGCACUACGCCAUAGACAAAAUCGCUGACUUUCGCGUAAUUUUCCCUGACACGUACUUAGAACCCAACAUACCCUGGACACCACAACGCCAAUGGUCAGAAUCUUUAGACCCUAAAUUAAACCUAAAACAAAAAGAAGCUGUAGUAGCCAUCACAACACCCAUGCAUAUCAACUUACCCCCGAUUCUAAUUAUCGGACCUUUCGGUACUGGUAAAACCUACACUUUGGCCCAAGCAAUAAAACAACUACUACUACAAUCCGAUACCAGGAUUUUAAUUUGCACACAUUCGAACUCUGCUGCUGAUUUGUACAUCAAAGAUUAUCUUCAUCCAUGGGUGGAAAGUGGUAUGGAAGAAGCCAGGCCUUUACGUAUCUAUUAUCACAAGAGAUGGGUGGCGACAGCUAAUCAGAUUGUACAAAAGUAUUGUUUGAUAGAAACUAAUGGCAAUGUGAGGAAUUUCCAAAAACCUACUUUGCAAGAUGUGAUGAAGCAUAGGAUUAUUGUGGUGACGUUGUCGAUAUCGAUGGAGCUGGCUAAUCUUGGAUUGCCUAAAGGAUACUUCACCCACAUACUCCUGGACGAAGCUGCACAAGCCAUGGAAUGCGAAGCAAUAAUGCCCCUCGCCCUGGCCGGUGACCAAACAAGAAUCGUCCUAGCCGGAGACCACAUGCAGUUAAGUCCCGAACUGUUCUCAGCAUUCGCUAAAGAACGAAACUUACAUGUAUCAUUACUAGAACGUUUGUACGAUCAUUACCCGGGAACAUUUCCCUGCAAAAUUUUACUGUGCGAAAAUUACAGAGCACACGAAGCCAUAAUUCACUUUACUUCUGAGCUAUUUUAUGAUCAAAAAUUGAUAUCCAGUGGUAAACAGCCGCGACAUGAUAUUUACCCCUUGACGUUUUUUACAACUAGAGGCGAGGAUGUUCAAGAUACGAAUUCAACGGCUUUUUAUAACAAUUCUGAGGUUUAUGAGGUUGUUGAAAGGGUUUCGGAGUUGCGAAAGAAAUGGCCUGCGGCGUGGGGUAAAUUGGAUGAACACAGUAUAGGGAUUAUGACACCGUAUGCUGAUCAAGUGUUUCGCAUAAGGUCUGAGUUAAGGAAGAGGCGUAUGGGUGGUAUUUCGGUUGAACGGGUUUUGAACGUCCAGGGCAAACAGUUUAGAGCAAUAUUUUUAUCAACAGUAAGGACUAGACGUACUUGUGCAGGUACCAAACCUGAUGAACUAGACUACGGGUUUCUUUCAAACUCAAAAUUAUUAAACACAGCAAUUACGCGUGCACAAAGCCUGGUUGCUGUUGUAGGUGAUCCAGUAGCCUUGUGUUCUAUUGGUAGGUGCCGGAAGGUUUGGGAGCGUUUUAUAGAAAUUUGUAACCAAAACAAAAGUUUGUUUGGUAUCACUUGGUCACUUCUUAGAUCUCAACUGGACGGCGUGGAGUUAAAAAAGACUUAUGUGCUGAAUCCUUUAGCACCUGAAUUUAUACCCCGUGCUUUUCAGUCUGAAGCUUACAUCAAAAGCCAGCAGAAUUCUGUAAGUACUUAUAAUACUCAAACAAAUGUGCCACCUCCUGUCCCGUCCACGCAACCUGUUAGAUUUCCUUCGAAUACGAAUCAAAUACCGCCGUUUAUGGGCGCACCUGGACCACCACCAGUGUAUCAACCGCCGUACUCGGUUUAUUAUUAUCCUAAUCAGGCGCCUCCGGCGCAAAAUACAAACGUGUUCCCGCCACCAAUAAGACAACCCGCGGUAAACGCAUCGCAACCUCCAAACAACGUGCAACCUUCAUGGAACAACGCGUUUUCAAUGCUUUCACCGAAAAGCAAAGUCAACCAGCAGGAUAUUCCUAUAAGAAUGCCUCCGGUUUUACCGACUAUGAGAAGCCCAAAUAAUAUAUCAAUGCCUACGUUGCAACAUAUGACGAAACAGCAACAUGGUUUGUACAAUAUGGCGCAAAGGAACACUCCGAGUCCACCACAUUUUGUCACUGAUAAUUAUGAUAAUUUGGCAAGGGUGAACCAGAUGUACAACCAGCAUAUAAACCAACAAAUACCUCAUCCUGUGAUGCCGACACCUACACACAACAAAGUUCAGCCGGAAAAGGAGCAUAUACAGUUUUUGCAAAACGUGCACUUUCCUGAACGACCACCAGUUGUGCAGGAGACCAUCAGGACACCAGAAUGGACUUUGUUGCCGCCGAAUAUCACAUUUCAUGAUAUGGCUUUGGAACCGAAGGCUAGGCAAUUGGAGUGGUAUCGACACUUGUUAGACACACAAGGUAUGGAACCUGCUACUAAGUUCUCUGAAAUUUUACAACAUGUUAUAAACAUGAACAAGCAUCAACCUGCAGCACAGGAUUUAUAUUUACCGAAUAAUGAAAUAUCGCGUUUCGAUGAUAUUUUAAACGACAAACCUAAUUUUGCGCAGAAUUUGUACCACAAUAUGCCUAAUGGACACGGGUCUGCUGGAUUGAACAUGCAGCCUGAUCGAAACUGGAUGGAAAACAAAAGUGAUAUGAAUUAUAUAAACAAACCAGUGAUUUUGCGGGAUGUUGAGAACUCUAUGAUGCUUUUGCAACAGCAACAGUCGUUGCGGGAGGAAAGACUGUUGCAGCAGCAACUUAACGCUCAUCGAACAUUCAUACCGGAUACUACAGAUGUACCUUGGAAGUUCCAUGAUGCUACAUCGCAUUCUGUACCUUUGUACCGAAGACAAGCCGGACAAGUUGGUGGACAACAUAACCAGCUGCAAGACAUGUACGGUGGUGAGCAACAUAAUCUCCUAGACGACAAGGUAGGAUUGAACACAAACUCUUUCAACUUUGGACACAACAACCAGCCGGACAAUGUGCAUCUUCUAAACAUGCAUCGGCAACACGUAUUAAGCAAUUUAACACCACAACAAGUCAGUCAAUUACAACAAGAACGUUUACAGCAGCAAAUCAACGCAGAUUUUGCACAAUCCCUAAACUUAGGUGGAAGGAAACAAGAGAGCGUCGAAGAAAUGAUCACCAGACAACAUGCCCAAAAUUCAGCAACCUACGCAAGUGUUUUACGUAAUCCUGUAAAACCUAUAGAAGAACCAGAACGUAAUGGUGACCCUUUUGCAGUUCUGCGUGAUUUGGGACAUAAAAACAACCAGCACAACUCUUCCGGGCUGUACCAUUAUUUUCAAUAAUGUCCGCGGGAAUCUCUCGAUGUCGUAAUUUUAACUAUAAACAUGUACCAUGAUAAACGUGACCCAAUUGUGACACAUGGUGGAAAAAAUCGACAAAGUUUGUCUGCAUCAAAAAACGUAAAAAAAUAUAUCCCAAUUGUAACAGGUCGUUUGAACGAUCAAAAAAAAAACUGCGGGCAAACGUUGUUACCAAAAAAAACAUUAAAAAAAUUUGA